UGCAUACAGGUUUGCCGACAACGGCAUGGCUACCCUACAGACAUGGGGUGCAACGUUCUGUCCAAUAGUUUAUCACAGACCCAAAUAGGCUUAGGGCGCCAUACUAUCCACCUCGACGCACGUCCCCCGCCAGUAUACGACACGGCUAGCCACUCAGUGUUAAGAAUAACUUUCUCGAAAAGCUUGCGUGCUCCAGUGCCCAGACAUACGGACUGAGAGACUUGGACCCCUCAUGCACCACAGUCCCUUCCCAGCCCUGCACCUGAAAAAACUGGCCGGGGUCCAUGCGUUCCCGUUCUGCUGGGCAUGGGCCCUUGUCCACCGCCGCCAUCAAUUUCAGCAGCUCCCCCCAUUCAGACCUGUAUAUCCCGCGCUAUAAGUUCUCAGCUGCCCGCUAUCGUGUAAGCCAGAUCGAACUAUAAUCAUCCAUAAACAGAGCCAGCCCGCUUCGCAACUUCUUCGCAUCAUCUACCUUGAUUACACAGCUUUGCUAAGGGUAGAGAAACCACAUAGCCCUUCAGCUCUGUACAUCUUCUCUGCAUCAGCAACGCGUCUUCACAUCCUUGGUCAUCUAUUGACUUUCGACUAAAUGGAUUCUUCGUCCUACGACUAUUGGAUGGGCCAGAACAAUGCCUAUAUCCCACCACCUCACCAGCCUGCAAUGUUCGAGUUGCCUCCAGAUCUUUCCAAAGUUCCAAGUCUCAGCGGCUCACCAGUUUCGUCCACUUACGAUCAAUUCCCAUCUCAGAUACAGCAAGAGUACUACCCUCAAGUGCCCGCCGAGCCCAUGCACUUUGGUGCCUACCAGAUACCAAUGACGCCUCCCGAAUUCGGCUCCGAUCAAGAUACCCCACCAUAUUGUAGUCCACCACCACUUCCCCAGCAGCUAGAUCAAGUGUACGGCCAAGUUCCCCAAUCAUCAAGCGCAGAUCGCCAACACACAACUUCAGGGAGGAGAAGAGCACAAAAUAGAGCAGCCCAAAGAGCAUUUCGCGAGCGCAAGGAAAAACAUGCGCGGGAUCUUGAAGUGCAGCUUUCCGCCCUGACAGAAAGAUAUAACAAACUCGAAUCUUCUCAUUCCGAACUGAACGCUGCGUAUGAAAAGCUCAGAAAGACUAUCGAGCUUCUCACGCAAGACGAUGACGAUGAUGCCGAUGGCGAGGAGGAUGAUGGCAAGAUAACCCGGCGGCGGAGCAGCAAUACAGAUACGCUCCGCAAGCUUCUAGACAUCUUACACGGAGAGUACAAAAGCGUGGCUGUGAAAACUGAGAGCGCAUAAACGGCUGGACAUCUUUGAGCACUUUUUGGCACGAUUUCGUACUAUGAUUAUACCACUUGCAUUGCAGUUCAUGUAGCCCGGCGCUUUUGGAGUCAUGGAAUUUAACGACUGUUUGUACAUUCAAUUUACUAUGAAUCAAUUCUUUCAAUCCCACUGGAAGGUUGAAUAGAGUGGAAUUUCCAUCCAUUUCCAACAUCAGUUUUUGGUGAUGUAUCAUGGCAGGCUUUUCUUGGAGAAUUCAUGACCAUAGGUUCGCGCAUUCCCUUCGUUGCUAUCAUCCGACCUUUCAACGGGGUAGCGAUCAAUUCUGCAGUUCGGACAUAUAACCGAAAAAGCGAUAGUAUCACUACUAGAUAGACCAUAGUAGUAAAGGAACAUGAACAUCAAACAAAGCAUCAAACCAAACUCACUUCAGCGAGUUCACACAAGUCACAUAUUGGCCCCUAUCCCGAUAAGUCCCAUGCUUUUCCGCUCACCUUUGGGGUCUAACCCCUCUUCCAGCCGAGCACUCGCCAGCUGGAGUGGGAACCCUGUCAGACGGCGAUCUCGUUAAAAAAGACGUUGCUCCUCAACUUCUCCAUCCGGGGAUUCAAAUAUAUCGGGUCGUUUCCCAAAGCAGCAAAGCAGCGCUGGCAUCAGCGAAAGGUAUAAUUCCCGGCGUGAACGAAUCAGAAGCCCAGCGAGUGAUCAUUGAACACUGGGUGAGCAGCGGCCCAGCCCGUCAUCACGCCGCCCC